AUGCGCUCACCCGGGCGCCCCCUCCUCCUGGGGCUGCUGCUGCUGCUGCUGCCGGCGGCGGGGCCCGGCCGGGCGCGCGCGGAGCCCGGGGAGCCGGCGGACGGGCGGGCGCUGCUGCGGCUGCUCGUGGAGAUCGCCCAGGAGCUCAAGCAGCACCAGGCCGGGGAGCACGCGCGGCUGCGGCUGCUCGGCGGGCAGCUCUGCGCCCCGGGCCGCGGGCACGUCCUGGACUUCCCUUCGCCGGAGGAGCAGAGAGUCGAAAUUGUUCCUCGAGACCUGAGGAUGAAGGACAAGUUCUUGAAACACCUUACAGGCCCUCUGUACUUCAGUCCCAAGUGCAGCAAACACUUCCACAGGCUUUACCACAACACCAGAGACUGCACCGUCCCCGCAUACUAUAAAAGAUGCGCCCGGCUUCUCACCCGGCUGGCCGUCAGCCCCGUGUGCACGGAGGGCAAGCAGUGAGCAGCGCAGUGCGGGAGUGAAGCAGCAGCACACAGGAACCACGAGAAGUGCCUUGGAAACCAGCAGGGAAACAGCUACUAUCUUUAUAAACACACUCCCUCCUCAACAAAAGAUUUAUUUUUGCAGACUUCCAUAGUUCCUUUGAGUUUUGUAUGUUGUCGACGCUGUUUGCAGAUAUAUAUUCGGUAAUCAGCAAACUCGACAGUGAUCCUGCCACUGUUCUAGAAAAUGAGAGAACACUGUGCAUUCGAUGUGCAGUGCUAUAACGUACAGAGACUAUUCCAUUUCCCUGAUUAGGUGAAGUCACAAAGAAUAUUUCUUUAGACAUAUAGGCAGAAUCUGAAACUAUAUUUUCAUAUAGCAUACAGUAUGAUUUGAUAUUUUAUAUUACUUUUACAAUUAAAUUCCCAGAGUUUAAUUUGAAAUGGCAUGAAAAUUUAAAAAAAAAAAAAAAAAGAAAAGUUCAGGCGUGUUUUGGAGACAGUAGAGUGCAAAUCCGUGAGUAUCUCCAGGCGAAUCGCGUUUGUCCUCCGUACAACUGUGAAACAGUUCUCCAGCUGUCGUGCAAUAUGUAAAUA